GCGCGGGAGGGGGCGGGUACCGGUGAACUGGGGUUCGGGAAGCGGUCGUGGUGGAGCCAGGCUUGCGUCUCCGAGCCCUGGGUUUCGCUCGCCGGGCCGCGCGCGCCUCGCCGGCCCCGCCUGGGAGUGGUGCGGGGCGGAGAGCGGCGCUCCUCAGGGCGGCGCCGGAAGGGCGGCGACUUGCAGUGGAGCCCGGGGCCGAGGGAGCGGCGUCCACGAAGCCGAGCUGUCUGAGGUAACAAGAAGCGGCUUCCCCCUCGGCGUCGGCCCCGGAGACCCUGAGAGUCGCCGCCGCUGCAGGGCGGAAGGGGCGAGGCAGCCAUUUUCCGCGGGCGGCGGCGUGUCCGGGCCGGGCUGCCUCCCCGGUGAGGUUCCGGCGGGACUGCCCGGGGCGAGGCCCACCCGCGGGCUCCGGCGGCCCCUCUCUCUGCCCUCUGCGCCCACAGCGCCCAGCGCCGCGGCUGGAGCCGCUCGGCCACCGCGCGCUCGCACCGGGCUCCCGGGCGCCCGUCGGCCGUCCGCAGGCGGGGGCGGGGCGGGCCGUCUCGGCCGCUUUCCCGCCUCCGCUGCGUUUCCGUGGCUGGCUGCUGUUACCGCGGGAGAACGGGGCAGGUCAGCCUCGCAGAGGCCGCCUUCUGCUGAUGCAAAAGCAUAGCAGGUGUCCCCGUGCCGCCUGAGGCCGCGUGGGCGACAAGGAGCCGGCCGUUUGCGACUGCCUUGGCGUCCUGCGCAGAUUUCGUUGCCGCUUCUGCUGGAUCACCUCAGGACUUUCGAGGGAGGCUCUCGUCAGCCUCGCUGAGAGGUCUGAAUGACCGUUGAAGAAAUGUAAAGUCAGCGGAAGGGUCACCGUAUCCUCACCCGCUCCCGUUCUCUGCUGUUUUGAGCCUCAACAUUUAGAUGAACGUUUUGUGAACAAGGCCAGGGGUAAGGUUUCUAGGUCAAGCGAAGAGAAACAUAAACAUACAGGUGUCAAUCUUCUGCAUAGUGCCCCUUAUACGCCUGGGAAAGAAGUGCCAGAGAAGAAUGUCGGGCAUCUGGUUACGUAAUUGGGGAUGCUUUCUGAGCAGAGUAAGGCUAUUUUUUCCCUGAUUACUUUCCUUCUCCUCUGAUGUCAUUGUCAGCUCUCCUGCCAGUAUUAUACAAUGGAAGGGCGACUCAAAUGUUCCACAGAGUGGAGCCUUCAUCUUCACAAGAGGAUGAAGGGUCAUAGAAGUUGUACUCCCUUACUGAAGACACAAGACUAGGAUGACAUGUUAAAAUAUUAGAGAAAGGCAGAAUGUUCUCCUAAUCUGCCCUUCACGUGGGUAAGAUGGGAUAGGAAGCACAUCAAUUAAAUCUUUGGAUAAUCCCGAAACUCUCUGCAGCCAGUGGGUACCAAUUUUCUCACCACCAGCCUUUCCUAAAUUACUAUUAUUUUUGUAAAGGCAUAGUCAUCAGUUGGCAUUUGUCUUCAAUAAGCUGUGCUGUGUUUCAAUUGAAUGAUAGAAAGAAAAGAGGGAAACUAAGGGCCUGGCAGUUGAUUUUUAAAGGAAGGCAACACAGGACCUUUUCUGUUCAUUUUUCUCUCAUAAUAUCGUAGCAAGUGGUAAAGUUCCUGUGGCUUUCUUAUUAACAUACACUUUUUUCCUGCCCUCAUUGCCUUAGGAAGAAGAUCCGUUUAUUGAUUUUGUUCCAGACCAGACUGGACCUAAGUUGUCAAAGGUGGUGCUCGUGGGGUGCCCAACACAGGAACAAAACUGUUCUUAGAACAGAAUGAUGACAGUAGAUCUAAAGGUGGCUGAGUAUUUGAACCCUCAGAUCAGGGCUCUGUGGGAGACCAAGGGAUCUGUGACAGAGAGCUCCAGUCAGAGUAAGAAAUAUACCUCACAAAUGGACAGUCUCAGUCCCGAGAUCUCUCGCCAGCACUUCCGGAACUUCCAUUAUGAUGAGGCAGCUGGACCCCACGAGGCUGUGAGUCAGCUUCAGGAAUUAUGCUCUCAGUGGCUGAGGCCAGAGAUCCACUCAAAAGAGAAGAUCUUGGAACUGUUGGUGCUAGAGCAAUUCCUGACCAUUCUGCCCAGGGACAUCCAGACCGGAGUAAAGAAGCACCAUCUCCAGGGCAUUGAGGAGGCUGUGGCCCUCGUAGAACACUUGCAGAAGGAAUCUGGUCAAACGAGAAAUGGGGUUGCAGUCCAUGAGCUGAGAAAAGAGGCAGUGCUCUUGGGAGAAACAGCAGAGGCCCCAGGCUUCAAUCUGAAGCCAGCAGAGUCCCAGCCAGUGUCCCAGGAUGAAGAAUUUUGGAAUACAUACCAGGGUCUACAAGAACAGCUGAGCAAGAAUACUCAUAAAGAAACUGAGCCUGUAUGUGAGAGGGCUGUGCCUGCUCACCAGAUCCUAGCCUCUCCUGAGCAGACAAACACCAAAGACUGGACAGUGGCACCUGAGCUCGUCCUGCCUGAGUCUCAGAGCUUGUUGACAUUUGAAGAAGUGGCCAUGUAUUUUUCCCAGGAAGAAUGGGAGUUACUGGAUCCCACUCAGAAGGCCCUCUACAAUGACGUAAUGCAAGAAAACUAUGAGACUCUCAUCUCUCUAGCUGUGCCUGCUCACCAGAUCCUAGCCUCUCCUGAGCAGACAAACACCAAAGACUGGACAAUGGCACCUGAGCUUGUCCUGCCUGAGUCUCAGAGCUUGUUGACAUUUGAAGAAGUGGCCAUGUAUUUUUCCCAGGAAGAAUGGGAGUUACUGGAUCCCACUCAGAAGGCCCUCUACAAUGAUGUAAUGCAAGAAAACUAUGAGACUCUCAUCUCUCUAGCUGUGCUUGCUCACCAGAUCCUAGCCUCUCCUGAGCAGACAAACACCAAAGACUGGACAGUGGCACCUGAGCUCGUCCUGCCUGAGUCCCAGAGCUUGUUGACAUUUGAAGAAGUGGCCAUGUAUUUUUCCCAGGAAGAAUGGGAGUUACUGGAUCCCACUCAGAAGGCCCUCUACAAUGAUGUAAUGCAACAAAACUAUGAGACUCUCAUCUCUCUAGCUGUGCUUGCUCACCAGAUCCUAGCCUCUCCUGAGCAGACAAACACCAAAGACUGGACAGUGGCACCUGAGCUCGUCCUACCUGAGUCCCAGAGCUUGCUGACAUUUGAAGAAGUGGCCAUGUAUUUUUCCCAGGAAGAAUGGGAGUUACUGGAUCCCACUCAGAAGGCCCUCUACAAUGAUGUAAUGCAAGAAAACUAUGAGACUCUCAUCUCUCUAGCAUUAUUUGUGCUCCCCAAACCUAAAGUGAUAUCCUGUCUAGAGCAAGGGGAAGAGCCUUGGGUUCAAGGAUCCCCGGAGUUCAAGGACUGUCCCAGAGAGCUGCCUACAGAGUGAAGUUUUUAUCGGAGAGGAGUAGCUGGAGGUGAUUCUUCAGAGUUGUAGGAACUGAAUUUGGGGCCACAGAUCAGCCUCAGUUUCAGUUGAAUUCCUCUUUAUGGCUCACAUUCUCUCAGUUGGCUCACGGCAGAAGCUGACCUCUCAGAGAGGUUGGCAUGUUGGAGAUCUCCCCCCAGCUCUUUAGACUCUCCAGUUAUCAGCAAGUUCUGGGCCUCAUAAGGCUUUUAUCCAGCUCCAGGAGCCCUGCUGUUGAUGGCUGCAGCCCAAGCUGCAUUCAAGGAGAAGAUCCUGGAGCUGAAGCAAUGUCUGACCCACGUGCACAGGGAAAUCCAAUACUGUGUGGGCACAUGUCAUCCAGCAAUUAUUGAGAAGGCAGUGAGCUUGGUGCAGGAUUUGGAGUGAGAACCCAGGAGACCAAAGGAGUGGUGAGAAGGGGAGUCUGUAAGAGAAAAUGGAGAUCAGGUCACAGAGGGCCGGGGUUCAGGGACAGGCAGCUGGAACAAAGUGGAGAACCUUGAUUUUGCUGUUGCUUCUUAAGCACUUGUUUAUUUUUCUGAUUGUUGUCUAUGCCAGCUUUCCUAAGAGAACAGACUUUCUUUCUCUUUUAAGGAAGGAGGGUGGGUGGAGGGUGAGGUGAGACCCGCACCAAUCACUGAGUUUUCAGUAUAUCUCUGCUCCCAAAAAUGAAACAAAGGUGAUAUUUGCCCUCUGUAAAACUCAACCUUUCUCCUCUGCACAUUGUAUUCACCUGAGCCGGCUCUGUGAAUGAGAAUCUUGUUUUAACUGAAGUGCUUGCUCUCAGAUGGAGGGAGUAUAAUGCCCAGCAAGCUGUGGGAACUUUGCUUGAGUCCUCAGUGUCUGAGUCACACCUCUUCCGAAAACAGAUCAGUACAACUGGAUUUCCGGUCAGGAGAGGCCCUGAGUAGGUCACUGGGGGCUGAGAGCAGUGCUGCAAAGUGUAACAGAGCUGAGGGACUCAGGCUGGGGGCCUUCUACAGCCCUCCCUGCACUGCCUUGAGCAAAAAUGACAUUGCCGUGCUCUCUGCCACUGUCAGGUGUGGCAGUGGGAUCCUGACUCUCUUCUACUCUGCCCAGCAGCACAUACCACCCUCCUCAUUCCAGUUGUUAGCUCUGGCUUUCUGGGAAUCUCUAUUCCUGUACCUUUCUUCCCUUGGUCCAUAGGAUGAUCUGGGGUGGAGUAGGGGAGGUAGGAUGUCAGUGGCGGGAUUGUAUUUCCUGGUGUUGAUGUGUGUGCUCCCAGAAGAACCAGCAACCCUGAGCUUAUGUGGAGAGUUGCCAAGCUUUAUUGGAGCCCUUGAAGCUUAUCUUCUGGGGCUUUCCCAAGAGAAGAGCCAGAACACAUGCUCAGACCAUUCACGCCAUGAGUCCUUAAAGAGGAACCCAGCUAUUUAAAGAAAAUGGUGAGAUACAGAGUCUCAGGCUGGAAAAGGAAGAGGCAUGACGAAUCCAGGAUGAGAGUUUGUCAGGGCCCAUGGGAUCACAGACAUGAUCUUAUAGUUCUGUCAUGACCAGAAUUGGGAUGCAGAUGUUAGGCUGAGACAGCUCAGUUCCAGAGGUAGGCUACGUAUUCCUCUGGUCCUCCCUUCAGAAAGGCUCAUUCCAUGGUAGCUCUUACAAGGGUCAUGUAUGAAGCUGGUCUAUAUUUGGGGGCAUUCAUGGUGACCUACUGCUACCCAAGGAAGAGAGCUUGAUCUUAGUUUAGACUGAUAAGAAAAUUUUCUGAAUGAGUAUGAGUGAGCUAGUCCAGCCUGGAAGGGUCAUUCUGAAUCAGAAGACACUACCAGAGGGGUGAAAAUCUCCAGAGAGAAGAUCUCAUUUGGAUGUGUCAGGUGACUUGGCCAUUGAGGAAAUGACAAUAGAGCUGGAAUGAUCUAUAGCCAGGUAUCUAGCACUACCUAAAUAGCCAAGCUAAGAGGAAAAAGGAGAGUCUAGAUGAAAGGAUGAGCCCCCACUGUGUGCUUGGCCAAACCCAGGAGCAGCAGAGAGUACACUAAUUCUACAUCUGACAUGCCAGCUUACUGCCACUGUCUCCUGUAUCUGAGUGUGAAGUCUUGAUUUGUAACACAAAUCCAACUGGAGAUUCCAAUGGACAAUGCCUUGAUGGCUAAUCACCUAUGGCCUCUGAUGGAUAACGCCUCGAUGGUAAAGGGGACUGUGUGACCAUCCUCUAUAACAAGUGAGAUCUCUGAUGAGUCUCCUUUCUUUGUAAUGGGUGUGUUUUUGCCUGUUCUACCUUUAGGCUGUAAAAUGUAAAAGCUUCUAAGGGACCAUGUCUAAUUUAUACUGUGUAAUACCUAGGUCUUAAUCUAGUGCCAGGCACAACAGCAUUCCUGGGAGAUAGUUGGUGGUCAUCAAUGUGAGAUGCAGCCUAAGCUGUGCCUAGGUCCUCCCAAAGGCACGGGGCUUGUGGCCCCUGCCACGAGACUACCCUGAUGGUAGUCACAUGCAGUAUAAGGUCUGUAUUCCAAGGUUUCACAGAAAUCCUUAGUCAGAAAGAGUGUUGAGAGUGACAGACUGAAGGAAUUAAAGGCUUUGGAAUUGACUUAACCCACGUUCAAAAUCCAACUCCUUAACUUUAGUCACUACGCAAGUCACUUAACCUAUUAUAGCAGGUAUGUGGUGUGGCUGCCAGGAAACCCAGACUUUACUUCCCAUUCUCAGUAAAUCCAAAAUUUAUGCAAGACUCCCGAGGUGCCACUAGAAUGUCCAAGUGUAUGGGGAAUGCCUGAGCAGCUUCGGGAGCACAGCUUCCUCCAGAUGCCAGAGCAGGGCGGCACCAAGUUCAAAAUCUUUCAGGCUAACUGCCCUACCACAGGGAACUGUGAGGGUAGUUGCUAGAGUCCUGUGUUCUCCACAGGUAAAGAACGCUCAGUCCUUCUCUUUGUCUCUACCCUGAAGUCAAGCCAAGGAUGAGCAGCAGGACUGCACGGAGUCUGGAAUUGAUAAUGGUAAAAGUGAGCAUUCACAUGUGAGAAAGUGAGCGAUGAUAUGGGUACACUCGAGUCCAGGAUCCCAGAAGUCCUGGGCAGUUCCUAAAAUGACUGGUAAGCCGGUCCCCUCACAGGAGAGGCAUAGAAGAGGUGGCAAGAGGAAAGGAAAGUGAGCUAAGUAGGCUUGACGGGCCCAGCUCUUGUUUUGGCUGUGACCAUGCAUCCACCAGCUUAGGCUGAGAAUCCACAAGAGGUGUGUGACGAGGAUGACAAUGUGUAGGCUUUGCCCUGCUUCUCUGGGUUGUGAGCAUAUCUGAUCCAGUCUGUGGGAAGUGGUUAGGAAUCCUUGGGAAAAAGAAAUAGUGUCAACUGAAGAAUUCUAUCGGUUAGUUAAAAUGUUUCAGUGAGAAAGGGAGGUAUAGAAACUACAUGGAGGGCCCAAGUAUUUAAGUUACAGGCAAAACUAACUGGCUUUUAAUGGACGUCUGGAGGGCGUCCAAACCAGGAGGGUACUGUUACACAUCAGAGGAAAUCUAUAGACUUGACGGUGUUACCUUUUGUGUACCCACAUCAAAUUCCUUCUCAAGUGGUUAGUGUGGUGAUGACGCUGCAUUAGACAAUGGGAGAUAGACACUAAGGUAACAGAGAUAGCAACUGUAGGAAGUAGCUACCACAUGUGGGGUUAGGGGUGCAUAGGGAAGAUGUUGUGUUUGUCAUAAUUUGGAAGCUUGGAAGAGAGGUCCUGAAGACCUGGGACUCGGAUCCUGGGGGUUGCUGCCCGACUGGUGCUGGUACAGGUUUUCCCCACUACCCUAAAGUAGAGUGUUGCAAUGAACCCUUUCGUAAGCCAAGGCAGUGUAAAGCAAAGAAGCAAUUACCAAUAGUUUAUAUGAGAACAAUUUUUGAGCAUUCCCAGAUCCAAAAAAUAACCUACCAAAUCAUACAAAUAACACAUAAAACCUCACAUACUAACAUAGUGAAAGCAGGAAGGAUAUGAUAAAUACACAGCCUGUGUAAAAUAGAAAUAAUGUACAUACAGUGUAGUUUCACUUACCAGAAUCGGGAAGAGUGUGAGCACACUGGAAGGCUGAGAGGUGGUGGUGGUGAUGGUGGUGUGUUAGGCUGAGCCGUCAGAGGUUGAAGUGGUGGGAGGUACAGGAGACCAGGGUGUAGGAGAGAGAGGAAGAGGGUUAUCUGUUAACAUCCCGUCACUGUCUGAAUCCAUCAGUCCAGGCAGGUCACCAACAUCUGCACCUUCUACAUCUGCUUGCCUCCAGUCGAAGGGCAAGGUUAGUAGUCCGCUGUGCCUGAUAUUUCAGGCUUGAGUUGCGACCAUAUGUUUGACUGCUUAGCCACUGUAAUGGCUCGCUGCAAAAGAAACACUGAACACUAUUUUCACUUUUUGCCUUUUUUUCAUAGAAGUGAAAAUUUUCUUCGGAUUUCUUUUGGUUAGCAAAAGGUCUUUUAUAAACGCGAAGUGCUGUAAACUGACCUUUCAGUUAGUGUGGAAAACCUCUACCUCUGAGGGGUCUGACGAGGCUGGUUCUGGAAGAUAGUUUCUAGUUAGUUCACUGCUUUUUGUAUUUGCCUCAUACUACAAUAGCGGAUAAAUUAUAUGCAAUCAAAUAUUUCCUUUAUGAGGCCGGCCCAGUGGCAUAGUGGUGAAGUUCACACUCUCUGCUUCAGCAGUGGGGGUUCACCGGCUCUGAUCCUGGGCCCGGACCUACCCACCACUCAUUAAGCCGUGCUGAGGCAGCGUCACACAUAGAACUAGAGGACCUACGACUGGCUUAUACAACUACGUGCUGGGGCUUUGGGGAGGAAAAAAAAAGAGAGACGAUUGGCCACAGAUGUUAGCUCAGGGCCAAUAUUAAAGGAAAAAAGAAAGAAAACAUUUCCUUUAUGAAUGUACAAGUGCAUUCUACAGUUCUUACCUCUCUACCCCAGACCAUCCAGCGUAGCUGACAGGCAAAGUUUGGGAAUUCUAGUACUCUGUGUUCCUUUUCCUGCCUAGUAGACUAGAGGAUAAAGCGGACUAAAGUGGAUAAAGAGGAUAAAGUGGACUAAAGGAUAAAGCCUGGAGGGUGGAGGCCACCCAAAAAUGCAAGGAGUUCAACAGUUGCAUCCUGCCGGGAGCCGUGGCUACAUCAUUUGAUCGGCUGUUUGACAGGGUCCAGCCGAUUAACGCCGAGGGGUGCAGGGUCGCCCCUUG